GAAACUGGUGGACUCCACGAACUUUCUUCCUUUUCUCUAGCUUGUUUUGUCUCCACAUUCUUUUCUUCAGGGUGCAUCACCUUCCUGGGAGAUCCAUCGAGUUUGAGCAGACAAAACACUUUCCCUCCGAAUCAACGUCAUGGAAAUGUUAGUGUCUUCCAUAACUUGCAAAAGAUUAACGGUAUUCAGCAUAUUUGCUGUUGUCAUUCAGAUAAUCGGUCUCUCUCUCUUCGUCUUCGGUUUCUUCCCCGUCAAACAAGCUCUCUCCGGCGUCAGUGGCCCCGAGUCUUAUCAUGCACCAGCAUGCGAUUCCAAUCGCACUCAAACUCACACGUCUCUUCCUCCACAUCAACUUAGAUCACUUUAUCAGGAUUUAUCAGGAAUUCCCCCAUCCUUUGAUCGGCUAAUCUUAAUGGUUAUUGAUGGUCUUCCAGCAGAGUUUGUUCUUGGCAAGGAUGGUAAGCCACCAAGAAAGGCUUUCAUGGAAGCAAUGCCAUAUACUCAGUCACUGUUAGCAAAUGGAAUGGCCAUUGGAUACCAUGCAAAGGCUGCUCCUCCAACUGUUACGAUGCCUCGUUUGAAGGCUAUGGUUUCUGGGGCAGUUGGAGGAUUCUUGGACGUGGCUUUCAAUUUCAAUACGCAAGCUUUAUUAGAUGAUAAUCUUCUUGGGCAGUUUUUCAGUAUUGGCUGGAAAAUGGUGAUGCUUGGUGAUGAAACAUGGCUUAAGUUGUUUCCAGGGUUAUUUACUAGGCAAGAUGGAGUUGGCAGCUUUUUUGUGAAAGAUACUGUACAAGUUGAUCAAAAUGUUUCUCGACAUCUGGGGGAUGAACUUAGCAGAGAUGACUGGAAUCUUUUGAUUCUUCAUUAUCUAGGAUUGGAUCAUGUUGGACAUAUUGGUGGUCGCAACAGUGUCUUGAUGGCCCCAAAACUUUUGGAGAUGGAUCAAAUAGUGAAGAUUAUUCACACAAGUAUUAUUCAGAUGCAAGAAAGUGAUCAGGGAAAUAUGCUUUUGUUGGUAGUGAGUGAUCAUGGCAUGACAGAGAGUGGUAAUCAUGGGGGGUCUUCAUCUGAAGAAACUGAUUCCUUAGCUCUAUUUAUUGGCCUGAGAAAUCACGUGUCUGAUUAUGCGUCAGCUACCCGCAACACAGCUCACCAGGUCGACAUUGCACCAACAUUAGCUCUUCUUUUUGGUGUGCCAAUUCCUAAAAACAAUAUUGGUGUCCUGAUUUCAGAAACUUUUGAUUCAUUGAAAGAUGAUCAUCGGCUGAGGGCACUGGAGUUAAAUUCCUGGCAGUUACUCAGAUUGCUUCAGGCACAGUCAUUAGGUUUAUCAUGUGGAAAUAUACCAUGCAAUGGUCUUAAUGAUAGUAAAACAUCUGGAACCGUUGAGUGCAAUGGUAGUAGCAAGAAGAUGCUUUGCUGCUUGUAUAUGAAUGCCGCUGUUCUUCACAAUUCCUGGAAGUCUGAGCAAGUUUCAGAAGGGGAAGCCUACAGAAGCACUGUUGCGGCAUACCACAAGUUUUUGAAAACUGCAAGUGAGUGGUUAUCAGGCAGAGCAACUGAUAAAUCUGUUAAUGUACUUGCUUCUGGAGUUGCAGCAAUGCUGCUAUCAUGUCUGAUAUUUUUGAGUCUUAUACUUCAUAUGUGUAGAGAAGUUAAGCAAGAAAAGAAGCAGCACCUUUCUAAUUUAGACAGCCAUUCACAAUUUUGGCAUUUGGAAGAGACCUUUGUUUUGGGUGUGAUCUUCAUCCUUGCCAUAAGUAUGACAUCAAGUUCUAUGGUGGAAGAAGAGCAUUAUAUUUGGCAUUUUAUGACAUCAACAUUGUAUCUGUUAUUGCUUCGUAAAACAGCACAGUUUCUCCUAGCAGACAGUAGGUUGUUCAAGGGGCAAAGCAUAAAUUUGAAAGUUCAAAUGUCUUUUGUAUUUGUGCUUCUUAUCUCUGGAAGAAUAUUGAGAGGCUGGCAUCAAGGUGGUGUGAACUGGACUUAUCUUCCUGACAUUUCUAAGUGGCUUGAACAAGGUGGGAAUGAUGUUGUAAAAGCAGUUCAGCUUGUCUCCGGUGUUAUGGUGAUCUUUGUAAGCUUAUAUGCUCUUUCUUUUUUUGGAUCAAAGAAAAUGAUAGUUCAAAUGGUUGGAAUUAACUUCUCUAUUGUGGGAUUGUUGGUUUUGCAAUAUGUCAUGAAGUAUCAGGACAACACAUUUGCACCAUCUAGUGAUGUUUCCACCUUAUUGGCACAAAUUAUCUAUGCCAUUCUAGGAAGUGCCACUGUUGGUACCGUUAUAGUUAUACCCUGGCUUAUUCCUCUUCACCUGUCUUACAUGGGCUCAAGUCAUAAUAUCUACUUAUCAACUUUGGUUCCCAAGGAUGUAAAAAAGAUGUCUCCACUGAUGGAAAUGAGAGAUUCUUUAUAUGUGAUUGGGUGGUCCUACAUCGUAUGCUGGUGUUUUCUGCAGCUGAUGCUCCAACAACCAAUAAAUUCAAUGCCUAUCCUGUUGCUUCUUGUCCAAAUCAUAACCACCAUGCUAUAUUCUUCAUAUGGUGGACUGCAUCUUGAGGAAUGGGUAGAGGUUUCUGCCCUGUGCUUUUUGGGAAUGGCUGGCCAUUUUGCUUUGGGGAACAGCAACACUCUAGCUACCAUUGAUGUUGCUGGAGCUUUUAUUGGAAUCUCAAGUCAUUCAACACUUCUUUCUGGCAUUUUAAUGUUCAGUAUUACCUAUGCUUCCCCCAUGUUAGCUCUUCUUAGCAUGGUAGUCUACAUAUCUGUGAAGAGCUAUCUUGUUGUACCCCAGAAUGUAGGUUCUGAACAUCUUCUCAAGACAAUGCUUGGUUUUCCUUGUUUGGUUCCACUGGGCAUAAACUCGAUUCUAUUGACUGCUUACACCACUGUCUUGCUGUUAAUGAGGAACCAUUUGUUUGUUUGGAGUGUCUUUUCUCCAAAGUACUUGUAUGUCUGUGCUACAACUGUCUGCAUCUAUGUUGGAGUCGCUGUCGUGGCGGCAACUGGGAUGUACACAUAUUUGGUGCUGACAAUGCGGAAAAGGAACCAAGUUUCUAUCAUUAAUGAUGCAAGAUAGAGCUUGAAGCUCUAAGAAACCCAGUUUUGAUAGUGUGCGGUAUCGAAAAACCAAAAUUUGAUUCUUUCAACUAUUUUCCUUUUUCUUCUAUUUAUGAUAUUAUUGUCGCUGGCGAUAUGCCAUAAAAUUGAAACAUUUAAUUGUAAUUGAAAUAUAUUAUAUUCAUUAAUUACACUUGAUUUGCAGUGAUCAUUUUCAA